UGUCGUUGGCUGGAGUGAGCUGCGUACAACGUAGUUGUAAACACACAAUAUUUUUGUUUGUUAGUAAGUUCCCAAAAAUUCGCACGUGUGGUUCAGUUUUGUUGUGUGUGUUCGAGUGCACUUGCAACAGAAACAAACGCACAUAUACAUCCGUAACCCAAGAUCCGAUCAUCGUUAUUAUGCCGAUGUAAAAUGAAUGCAUUGCGUAAUAUAUUCACGUCGCGUACGCUAAACUAUCUCCGUCAAAAUGGCCAGAACGCCAUCAUCAAUGCCACACAGCAGCCGGCGACGGUGCCGCUGCCCGAUGCCGAUGCGGAGCAAGCGCUGAAGGAUGCGCUGCGUACUCCACCGCUCUCAAUACCACGCUCCAUACUCGAUGCUUGUCGCUUCACGGCCAUUGGCGGAAAUGCGGGCGGAGCAGCUAAGCCAUCGGGCUCGUUGUCGCCCACAACGUUGAAGCGCUUUCGACGCAUGCAACGCCGCAUGGAACUGGUGUAUCUGUGUAAGCUGUGCAACACGCGCAAUACGAAAAUCAUCAGCGAGGAGGCAUUUAACAGUGGGGUCGUCAUCUUGCAGUGCGAUGGUUGUGCCGUCGAUCAUCUGAUCAAGGAUAAUCUCGGACUUUUCGCCAACGAAGACACCAACAGCAGCAGCAGCGGCAGCAGCAGCAUGGACAUUGAGCAAUUGCUGGCGAAGCGGAAUGCGCGCGUGCGGAUCAUCAAAGUGAAUGAGCAUGGCGAACUCAUUUAGUGUUUCCAUCUAGUCAGUCGAGGAUUUUGUAAUUGACUGGUAACGGGUGACUGGUGAUAAUAAUCGUGGCCGUGACAGUGACGCAGUGUCGUCGUGUCACGAUGCAAAGCCCAGCACUUGGAGCAGUCAGAAAAUCCCAACCAACAAUUCUUAACUCUUGUUUUGGUUUUGUUUUUGUAUAUAAUACACAUUGUAUGAGAGCCGUUGGCUAAAUAUAUACAAAUUUGUUAAUGCUGGUCAAACCUGCCCAUGAGUAACAUUAAAAAAUAAAUAAAUAAAAAAAAAUCGCAAAAAAAGCAAAUCGAACAACAACAAUAAUCGAA